AUUUCAAGGUUAUUGUGAGAACUGAGAUGACAGGAGUGUGUGUGGCAGUUGACUCCGCUGUGAAGAGAAAACUAUUAUUUCGAGCUCGCUUUCGCCGGGACGCGGGCGGAAAGACACGAGGAACAACCCACCGGAAGAAAACCGUGAUUCGGCGAGAACAGGUAACCCAGCCUCAUUUCCCCUGGCAUUGGAAGUUACUGCUUUCUCCUUAACUGCAGCUUGAAACUUCCGGCAUGCUUAUAAUAAGCCUGGCGCUGUGAUGAAAAGCUUUUUCCCCAUUUGACUGAAUCUUCUCGACAAUUCUGGCAGAUAAUGAUGCUUGAAUUGAACAAUUAAGGGUUCUGAAGUCAAAGCUUUUGAGAUCAAUAAUGGCAGGAAAAUCAUCACUUUUUAAAGUAAUUCUCCUUGGAGAUGGUGGAGUUGGAAAGAGUUCCCUUAUGAACAGAUAUGUAACUAAUAAGUUUGAUACCCAACUCUUCCAUACAAUAGGUGUGGAAUUUUUAAAUAAAGAUUUGGAGGUAGAUGGACAUUUUGUUACCAUGCAGAUUUGGGACACAGCUGGUCAAGAGCGAUUCCGAAGCCUGAGGACACCAUUUUACAGAGGUUCUGACUGUUGCCUGCUUACUUUUAGUGUCGAUGAUUCACAAAGCUUCCAGAACUUGAGUAACUGGAAGAAAGAGUUCAUAUAUUAUGCAGAUGUGAAAGAGCCUGAAAGCUUUCCUUUCGUGAUUUUGGGUAACAAGAUUGACAUAAGUGAACGGCAGGUGUCUACAGAAGAAGCCCAAGCUUGGUGCAGGGACAACGGCGACUACCCUUACUUUGAAACAAGUGCAAAAGAUGCCACGAAUGUUGCAGCAGCCUUUGAGGAAGCGGUUCGAAGAGUCCUUGCUACCGAGGAUAGGUCAGAUCACUUGAUUCAGACAGACACGGUCAAUCUUCACCGAAAGCCCAAGCCUAGCUCAUCUUGUUGUUGAUUGUUAGACGUUGUCAAUGCGUUCUAACCAACUCACGUGUAUACAUAAACAUGGGGAUGGAGAAGACAAUUAGCACUUGCAGCAGUAUAUCAUCUACUAAUACAAUUAAACUAAUGUAUAUUGCUGCUUCAUUAGUUGGUGGGAGAAGGGACACAUCCACUCACAAAGGAAUCUAUUUACUCAACAAUGGCACCUUACAUUUAUCAGUUGUAAUGGCUGUCUAAUCCUAUUUCUUUAAUUUAAAUAUGUAAGUUACACAGCUAAUAAACAAGAUGACCAAGACUUUAAUUGUAAUUAAAACAAAAAACUUGACUAUUCUAGAAGUUAUACUUGGGCUUUUUUUCCCGGAAAAAUGGAGAACUACUUUUUAUAUGUGUAUGUUUUUAUGUAAUUAGCAUUGUAUUCUUGGUUCAAGGGAAAAAUUUCCUAAAGCAAUAAUGUUAGAUAUUAAAGAUUAAAAUCUAAUGCAUUU